AAAGUCGCGAGCUCGAUGGUGCUCCUGCGGGUCGUCGACGUGAUCGCCGACAUCUUCGCGCAGAUCGGGCCGCAGCACAACACGCCAUCGAAUGAGCUCGUGCCCGACAAGUUCCGCAGCAAGUGGUAUCUCUCGCCAUGGCAGCAUGCGUUUGAGUUUGUGUGCUACAUGAGCAUCCUCGUGCCGCUGAGCAUCUACAGCUACCACUGCGCGACCCAGCACCCGAUGUGGAAGGCGCAGCGGCCUGUGCGCAAGGCCACGACCCUCGAUAUGACGCUCGGCGUGGGCACCGGCGUGUCCUACGUCGCGAUUGUAUAUUACAAGGCGCUGGCGCCGGGCAUGUGGCGGCUGCCGUACGCGCUCCAGCCGUGCCAUACUCUCACGCUGCUCUUGACGCUGCUCACCGUUGCGCGCGGCAAGACGGCCAACCUCUUGUUUCAGGUUUACGUGACCAUGUCAUGGUCGUCGGUGCUGGCGCUGAGCUUUCCAGAUAUGAGUGACUAUGAACACUGGGGCGACUGCUUCAACUACUUUUACGAGCACAUUAUGAUGCUGCUUGUGCCCUUCCUGCUCUGGCACACGGGGCGCUUCGACUACAUUGGCAGCCCGAGCUGGAUCAUGUUUGGGUUCACGUUUAUUGCGCUCUACCAUGCUGCGAUUCUGCAGAUCGUCGUGCUCGUCACGGAAAUCAACGUGGCGACGCUCAUGACGCCACCGGCGAUCCUCAAGGACAUUGGCAUUUACUACCGCCCGGCGCAAUACUUGAUUUGCUUUGCCUUGCAUUGGCUCUACAACGGCGUCAUCACGCUCGGGAUCACGUCGUUUGCAGCGACAGCGACAGUCAAGGACGUGCCGUCGCCCAAGCAGCUCUAAGAUCUUUAUUGCUCUGUCGACAUGUGAAUAUCCACGUUCGACCACCAUACUCUUGGCCGCGACUUCG